AUGAAAAGAACUCAUUCAUUACUUAAGUUUUCCUUGAUAUUUUUGUCAGUUGGCAAUGUUAUUCUUCUCUUAUCAAUUGUACUGAAUAAGAACUCAAACCAAAUUCAAGUUCUUCCGAAAUUUAAACAAGAAUCUUUCAAAGCUUCAUCAUAUUCAGAAUUAGUUGAUCAUUACAGAUUUUCUAGUAUUUCCCGUACAGAGAAUAAUGCAUAUUUAGACUAUGCAAAAACAAAUUUUUAUCCAGAUUCUCAACUCAGAUCAUUUGUUAAUGAAUUACACGAGAAAUUAUACGGAAACACACAUUCUGAGUCUCCAUCUGCUAGAUUGUCCUCAGAUACCGUUGCAGAAAUGCGUUCUUACAUUUUAGAGUACCUUGGAAUUACAGAAACAGCGAAAUACAUUGUUGUAUUUACAUAUAGCCAUGCUCAAGCAUUGAAGCUUAUUGCAGAAACAUUCAAUUUCACUAUGAAUUCAACAUUUCUUUACAGUAAUACAAGCAGCAACAAUAUAUUAGGACUUCGAGGCUUUGCAACACAAAAUGGAGCCAAAACAGCAUCAUUUGAUAUUAAAUCUGAGCCGAAAUUCGAAUUUGAAAAUAAUACAAGAAAUUUAAUCGCAUUUCCUCUUGUUGAUGAGUUCGAUGGCUCAACACUUUCUACACACAAGAUGCAGGAAAUCAUAAAAGCUGCAAAUAAAUACAAUAAUACGUAUACAUUAGCCGAUGCAUCUUUAUAUCUUCCUCUCAACAACAUUGACCUCAAAGAAUUACCAUUUUCAGCACUAGCAAUCAGUUUUGACCGUCUUUUCGGUUAUCCUUCCAUGGGAGCUGCAAUUAUUAAAGAUGAUUUUGUCAAAACACUCAAGAAACCAUAUUUCGGAGGCGGAACCCUUGUUUUCGCACUUCCCAAUGAAGAUUAUGAGAAACUCCGUGUCAAUCCUUCCUUUAAACUUGAAGAUGGCUCAUUACCAUUCCUUUCUAUUGCAGCACUUAAAAAUGGCUUCAAUUUGUUGAAAGAAACAAACAUUGGAGGCAAAGUAUCGAAUAUCAGGGACCUCAGAUCCAGACUGAAGAAUGGCCUGACGGCUAUCAAAAGGAAAUCAGGUUCAAACGCUGUUUCUCUUUAUGAAAAUGAAAAAUCAGAUUCAAUUCUCACUUUUAAUGUUUUGGAUGAUGAAAAAAGACCAUUGUAUUACAGGGAUAUCGUUGAAUCUGCAUUAAACGCGAAUAUAACAUUGUCAGGUGGAUGCAUGAACACACCAGGAACAUGCAUGAAAUAUCUGAAUAAGACUUCUGAUGAUUUGAAGAAAGAAGAUUUCGGAGCAAUCAGAGCUUCCCUCGGAUGGGCUUCUACAAUGCAAGAUGUUGACACCUUGAUUAAUUUCAUCAAGGAUUACAUAAAUAAAUAA